CUGACAACAUUCACAGCCAGAUGGUCAUCCCUGCUACCCACAGAGGAAUGAAACCCUGAAGUGCCACCCGUAGCAGGCUCCUGCAACCUUAGGUAGCAAGAGGCAUGGAGCAAGAGAGGAAAAUGCACAACAGCAAUCGUAUGUCUUUUUAUUGAAACAUCAAGAAAAAAGCCACAAGCACCAGAACAACAUCCAGUAGUGUUAUAAAGCAAGAGACCAAAGAAUACACACCUCCUAGCAAUUCCAGCAUUUCUAGACGAUACGUUGCAGUUUCAUCUUUUAGACAACCAGAGAAUUAUCGUCUGACUGUAUCAAAAUACAUCUCUAAAGCUAAAGAGAGGAAUCUUCAUGUGAAUCUUGUGUGCAUAUGUGGAUCUACAAAGCAACCAUCUCUGUUAACCUAGGAGAAGAUCAUGACAAGCAAGUGCCCUCAGAUGCAGGAAGAAACAGAGCUUGUGGACCUAGCCACCUUCAUCGCAGGCAGAACUUUGUAAUUUCUGACAAAGUAUCUUAUUUCAGUGUGGUAUCUUCAGGAGAACCUCCCAGUCUGCCAGACCAGACACAGCAAAGCAAAGCAUGGCAGCAGCUCCAAAAACAAGCUCAGCAGGCUACCAUCAUUCAGGCUGCAUGGAGAGGCUAUCGAGUCCGAAGAGAGCUGGAUGAAAUGAACAAAGCUGCUGUCAAGAUUCAGGCAGCUUACCGAGGCUACCGGACGCGGCAGGAGUUGCCCCUUGGCUUUUAUGAUUGCUUUGGGGAUAAAAAGCCUGUAUUAGAUCAGACGAAGAAAGAAGAAGAGAGGAUGGUGUCUCUCCCUGGAGUGUCUGGAGCCUUGGAGUGCUACACAUUCCUUGAUGAUGGAUGGUGACUGAGGGUGCUGAGCCCCAUGCUGGACCAAAAACAUGCUGGAAAGCACCGGGCAGCCUGCACAUCCCCGACUAGGAUGAGACUGAUUUGCCUAUGAAAACAAAGGACCAUACUUAAAGGAAAAGCCACGGUGGUGCCCAUGCUUUGCCUGAUGCUCUGUGUGCUGUGUUUGACUCACUCAAGUGUGUCUGCCUUCAGUUCAGUGGCUGAGAAUGAGGACGCGCUCCUCAGGCACCUAUUUCAAGGCUAUCAGAAAUGGGUCCGCCCCGUGCAAAACUCCAACGACACCAUCAAAGUCCUCUUUGGGUUAAAGAUAUCACAGCUCGUGGAUGUGGAUGAGAAGAAUCAGCUGAUGACAACCAACGUGUGGCUGAAGCAGGAAUGGAUUGACCACAAGCUCUCCUGGAAUCCAGAGGAAUACGGUGGGAUCACCGCCAUCCGUGUCCCCUCUGAGUCUCUGUGGCUUCCCGACAUUGUUUUGUUUGAAAAUGCUGAUGGGCGUUUUGAAGGCUCCCUGAUGACCAAAGCCAUAGUGAAGUACAAUGGAGUGGUGACCUGGACACCACCAGCCAGUUACAAGAGCUCCUGCACAAUGGACGUGACCUUCUUCCCCUUCGACAGGCAGAACUGCUCCAUGAAGUUUGGGUCCUGGACGUAUGACGGCAGCAUGGUGGACUUGAUUCUAGUGGACGAAAAUGUAGACAGGAAAGACUUCUUUGAUAAUGGGGAAUGGGAAAUCUUAAAUGCCAAAGGUAUGAAAGGCAACAGGAAGGAUGGGCUGUACUCUUACCCGUUUGUCACUUACUCCUUUGUGCUGAGACGCCUUCCACUCUUUUACACUCUUUUCUUAAUAAUCCCCUGCCUGGGACUGUCUUUUCUAACUGUCCUGGUGUUUUACCUGCCUUCAGAUGAAGGAGAAAAGCUUUCAUUGUCUACUUCAGUUCUGGUCUCCCUCACUGUUUUCCUUUUAGUGAUUGAGGAAAUAAUCCCUUCUUCUUCCAAAGUCAUCCCUCUGAUUGGUGAGUAUCUGCUGUUCAUCAUGAUUUUUGUCACCCUCUCCAUCAUUGUCACCGUCUUUGUUAUCAAUGUCCACCACCGCUCCUCAGCGACUUACCAUCCCAUGGCUCCCUGGGUUAAAAGACUCUUCCUCCAGAAGUUGCCUCGACUGCUCUGCAUGAAGGGCCAUGUAGAUCGUUAUUCCUUCUCAGACACUGAGGAAAAGGAAACCACCUUGAAAUCAAAGCUCCCGGGGAAGCAGAAACACAGGCAAGCAAAAGAUGGAGAGAAAAUCGUUAUUGCCUUUCUGGAGAAGGCAGCCGAUUCCAUUCGAUACAUUUCCAGGCAUGUUAAAAAGGAGCACUUCAUCAGGCAGGUUGUCCAGGACUGGAAAUUCGUAGCUCAAGUCCUAGAUCGGAUCUUCCUGUGGUUAUUUCUGGUGGCGUCAGUGACAGGUUCAGUUCUCAUCUUUACCCCUGCGUUACAGAUGUGGCUGAACAACACUCUGUAGAAAAUGCUCCCACACUAGCAUACCAGUACAAUGCCAUGGGAUGGUGGUGCCUUUGGGCUUGGUCUCUGUUUUACAGGAUGGGAAGCAACAGCAAGAGAGAGAGAAGGUGAUGGUAACAGGCACUGACUGAUGCUUUCUAUCUUCAUGCAGCUGUAAUGGUUACAGUCUUGGCUGAGAUCGGAGAAGGGCUUGGCGAACAGCUGAAUACUAAAGUGAAUUGAUGUUGCAGAGCUGGGUUCUAAGUAUUUUACUAGUAGCUUGGUUAUGUUAUAAUAUGAGCCAAGAUUAUUAGUUAGAAUUGAAAAUAAUGCUUCUGGCACAACUAUGCUUUGCAGGCAGAUGUUCCAGUUAAAAUAUGGCUUUAUAAAAUAAGUUAGAGUAUCGUAGGAACACUAGUCAGUACUCAGUUUAUCUACAUUUCCAAGUUAAAACUGCGAAGUCCCUACGGAUUGCCUCCUGUACAUGUCGGAAAUGGCAAUCACAAAGCAUGUGUAUUAGAAAAAUUAUAAAUACCUUUUAGAUGGGAUGUUCAAGACCUUAACACUGUGGCCCUACCUUGCUUCAGGAUCAGCUCAACCCUGGGAGACUUACAGCUCUUUCCACUUGCUACCAGCCUUUAUAUCAUGCACACUUUGUCUCCCCUCUUGGCCAUCAGGAAUUUGCAAGGCAUUAGCCAUGUUUCAGUAUCUGCAUUUUUUUUCUGGUGCUCUCUAAUAUUCCAAAAGGCUGAACAAGUAGUGAUUUUCCGCAUGCUCUGCAUUUGGAAGCUAUGAUUCCUGCACCUUCAUAUUCACAGGACUGGAAGUGGAAGAUCAUCAGAAGCAUAUCUCAUAGAGAAAAGUGACCAUGCUACUCCAUGUGGCAACAGUGAUCUUCCUAAAUAAUUUUGUUGGUGAGGAUCUUGUUAAUGCAUGAUCACUCUCGGCAAAUGAAGCUUGUGGCUGGUGCAGAAGUGGAGUUUCUCCUGAGAGCUGUGGGGUGGGCUGGGUACCAGAAAGGUGUGUCUUUGGGUGUUGGCUUUUUCAUGUUUCUCAGCCAAUUCAGAAUUUCAUUCCUCUCAAGCAUUUAGAAGGGAUCCUUCUGCAUUAUUAGAAACGGCUCUCUAAAGUGUAAAUAAGACAUGACAGAAAAUUCACGUGUGAGGCUCUCACCGCUUUCCCUGAGGCAGAGCUGUGCCAUCAUGGAGUCCUUUAGAAAAUCCCUCUCAGAACUUGCAGAUGUUUUCAAGGCUAACAAGGGAUUUGGAGAUCUGUUUCUCAACAAUAUGAAUGUGAGUCUGUGCUAAAGCUUUAGCUAGCCUUGAGACUUUCUCUCUAAGGGUGGAGGUUAGAAGGUGCUAAAAAUAUGCAAGGAUAUUCUUGUGCUUGGAUUACGUGUGCUCACCAGACCUCUGUGAGCUAAGAUCAUCCCAAUUUGUUUUGUCACUGCAGAAAGCUUUGUUUAC